CGAUUUUUUCAUAGUGGAAAGGCGUUUGGGGAUUUCUUUUCCCGUGGUGUCCGUUUGCUUUGUUUGGAAGGAAAUUCCGUGUGGUUCUUGUUAUUCGGGUCCUUGAAAGGAGGGUUAGGGGCUGCUUCUCCUUGCCGGCGGUUGCCGAUCGGAAGCAGAAGAGGGAAGAAUUUUCUUUACCUCUGAAACGAAAUGGCGGAAGAAAGCUGGAAUAGGGGCGCUGAUGAGACCGGGUGCCAAGCCCCCGAGAACCACCGCCUCUGUGCCAACAACUGCGGGUUCUUCGGCAGCCCGACGACGAUGAACCUCUGCUCCAAGUGCUACCGAGACCUUCGAAUGAAGGAACUCCAGGAGUCCUCAGCGAAACCGCCGAUCGAGAAGUCGCUCACCCUCAUGGAGCAGUCGUCCGCGACGGUCGAAAUCCGGGAAGAGAAGACGCUUAUUCAACCCGCCGUUCCCUUCCUGCCGUCCUCCUCCUCCGUCCCUCGCGCGUCCUCGACGCCGGUCUCCGGCAAGCCCAACCGCUGCUCGAGCUGCAACAAGCGGGUGGGUCUGAUGGGGUUCAAGUGCCGGUGCGGGAGCACGUUCUGCGCGUCGCACCGCCUGCCGGAGAAGCACGUCUGUUCGUUCGACUUCAAGGCAGCCGGAAGGGAGGCCAUCGCGAGGUCCAACCCCGUCGUCAAAGCAGAGAAACUGGAGAAAAUUUGAACUUCCCGGAGAUGUUUCCCUUCAUCAGUUCUCUUCGAAUUUUCAUCAGAAAGUUAUUCCGACGGUUGCGGCCCGACGAUUAGGAAAAAGUUGUUCGGUUUCCUUUGGGAAAGGGGGAGGGGAAGACGGAAUAAACGGUUCGUGGGGGAUGACGUAGUGCGUAGGGUAGGCUCCGCCGGGUUGCGCCGUGUCGUUUGGUGGGAAAAUUGGGGUCGGCAGAAGGGUGGAGAAAAAAAGAAGGGUUGGGAAAAAGGGCGGGGGGAGGUGGGUGAUGGAUAUGCUGUGUGUGAAUUAUGAUGACAUUUACGGGGAAUCAUAAGUCGUGGGAUGAUUUUUCUUGUGUUUGUCAUUCUUGGUGUCGCUCUCUUUAACGUGGAUGGUUCCUCUUUUCGGAAGCCUUUUUUUUUCCUUAUCUCGCGGGUGAAAUCCGUGGCGGGUGAACCUGCUAACUAGACGUGGAAAUUGGUGAUUCACCUUCAAUGUGGUUGCAAAACAUCUAGCUAUUUUCUUCGUGUUU